AUGCCAAGUGUCCGACCCGGAGAGAAACUAUCACUGCUUUUACAUGCUUUGUUCAGCACCACCAGAGGAUGCAAGAAGUACAAGUUGGGGAAUCCAAAGCAAUUCCACUAUGUUAAUCAAUCAAACUGUUAUGAAGUUUCAAAUGUAGAUGAUGCAAAAGAAUACUUGGAGACCAGAAAUGCAAUGGAUAUUGAUGCUAUCUUUCGUGUGGUCGCCGCAAUCCUCCACCUUGGUAACAUUGACUUUGUCAAAGGGACUGAAGUUGAUUCUUCCAAACUGAAAGAUGAAAAACCACUCUUCCACCUUCGGACAGCUGCAGAGUUGUUCAUGUGUGAUGAGAAAGCAUUAGAGGACUCACUUUGCAAGCGUGUCAUUGUUACUCCUGAUGGCAAUAUUACAAAACCUCUUGACCCAGACUCGGCUUCUUUGAGCCGAGAUGCUUUGUCAAAGAUGGUUUACUCAAAACUAACAGUCAUAAACAUAUUGAAUUAUGGGAAUGGAACAAGAAUUAAGCAAUUUCCAGAAGCAAAGGAAGAACCAAAGCAAGGAGCAGUACCAUAUAGGAUAAAGCUUGUAGUCCUGCUGAACGUAGAUGUAGAGCUCGUUCGUCUUCGCCCAUUUCUUGAGCCAAUUGGCAUAGUUUAA